ACGUCAACGCCACGAUGUAUUUCUAUGGGCAGCCGGAAUGGCCUUUAUUCUGAUUCUUUCUGGUCUUAUAUUUGGAUUAGGUUCAAUGCGAGGUUGGGAUGCUAAUUCGGGUUACACUCAUAAUACCAGCGAGACAUCUAGAGAACGAUUUCUACCAGAACCGUUUAUACCAGAGCCAGGCGUUAAGGGGAGAUAUGGUCCUGAAGCAACAGCGAGAUGGUAUUAUUGGAAGUUGCCACCUAAUGAAGUGACAGUAUACACUAGACUAUUUGUGUGGAUAUGUUAUGUCUUACAUCAAGUGUUAAUUUGGAUUAUUACGUUCUUGGCCCAAUAUAGACAAGUUUUACACGGAUCCAAUGAUAAAUAUACUACUACUAUUGACAAGUUUAACUAUAUAGCACUUGCAUUAAAUGUCGGCUUUCAUCUUCUACAUCUUCUUCAAACUCAGAUCACUUACGAUGGAACGGCUCAAGAUACAUCAAUAGCGACGUCUCAAGCUUCAGUAAUCAUGUUAGUAAUAUUUAUUCUACUAAUGGAGCUAAAAGAGAGGGGAAUUUUAUUUGGUUGGCCGGUAGUUUACAAUACGGAUGCUUGCAGUAGAAAACUAAAGCCUGACUACGGUCCCACUAAUCUAAUACGACGUUACCACGGUUACGCAUUCUCCUGGGCCGCCAUUUAUACAUUUUGGUAUCACCCGAUGGAAAAUACUUGGGGGCAUGUCAUGGGUUUUGCCCUCACUUGGAUGAUUAUGCUUCAAGGCAGCUUGAUGUAUACCGUGUUUCAUCAGAAUAAAUAUUGGAGAUUAUUUGUCGAGGCGUUCGUAGUAAUACAUGGUACAGUUGUAGCUGUUCAGACAGGGGGGCCAGCCAUGCUAGGCACCAGUAUAUGGCCGAUGUUUACUUUUGGUUUUUCCAUGGUUCUGGUUUUGACUCAGAUUUUUCUACUAUCAUUUUGGAGAAGAAUACAUUUUGUGUUCCGUUUUCUGCCCUUUUUUAUUUACAUUGGAGUUGUUGUCUACAUGUACAGUUGGAUACCUGAUAAAAAUGGACAGACAUGGGUUAGAAUGCAGGAAAUUAUCAGGAUUCCCCUGGUUUACUACCUAUUCUUGUUCUACGUUUGGUUCCUCUUGUUUGUCUUCCUAAAAAUAGAAUCUAAGAUGUCUAACGAUGAAGUCGGUAAUAAUGAAGACGGCGUCAUCAAAAAGUGUGCUUACGUUACACUUUCCGUGUUGAUUUAUGCAUUUUUUGUGUUAAUAAGUGCGUUAACUCAAUAUUAUGACAUUCAGCUGGGAUUAAUAGUGUUGAUGAUUAUUUUUGUAGGUAUUUUUAAAACUGGUGUUUGUAUUUCCAUGAUGCUUUUAAAACAGGUGUUCCCUAGAUAUAGACCAGAUCUAAAAAUAUCCGGAGAAAGGUUUAACGUUUCUUCGUCGCAAAGUGCAAAUGAUCACGAUAGUAGAGACAGUUACAAAACAUUUGAUGAGAAGUUAUAAUAUGUUUUUACGGACAGAUACGCCAUAUAAAUCCAGUUCGUAUACUGUUCAUAGUACUAAUCAACUCAAAAAACCCGCCGCCUGUAAGUGGACGCCUGCAAGCGGAUGACUAGAGAUCACAAGUUUAAUUCUGAUCACGCCCGAUGGUAUGUACGGCCUUCUCAGGCUGGCUGUAAUUUUGCCCCACAGAAAGGAAGAUCUUUGAUGAUUUUUUAGUCUUUCAAAUUUGAACGGUCUAUGAAAUAAUUUUCAGUGCUUAUGCGUGUUUUAUAAAUUAACAUACUUCGGCCCUGUUGUCUGCUUAGCUAGAACAAAAUUACCUUAACCCAUCAUCCAUACUUUUCAGCACCUAUUUUAAAGUUGAAAUGCCCAAAAAUUCAGUAAUGUGGCAAGAUCAACCCACCAAUCAAAACUUCCGAUACAGAAAAAUUCGCGAUAUCAUGGACACAUUUCAUUGACCGUCAAUAGAUCAAAAUAUUAUUAUAUGGCGUACUCACAGGUCAGCAACACUCCAAUGUGUUUAUUUAUUUAUGGGGUGGUCAAUCGAAUACACGGUAAGAAAAUGACUGAUUGUUUUCAUCAGAUUGUGGUUACUUGUUUUGUAAGUGGAUUUCUAUAUACUUUCAAAAUUUUAUAGAGUCAAUAGGGAUUUUGUGAUGAACGACCGAUAGCUUAAAAUAAAAACGAACUAAACACAUCAUAGAAGAACCCCAACUCAACACUUUAUUUAGGCAAUAUUAUUCUCUGUGUAUUAUUAUUAUCGGAAUAAUGUCAUAUUUUACCAUUCUUGUAAAGUAAUAUAUUUUUAUGCUUAAACAUACAUUAUGGAAGAGCUAAAUCUGCCUAUUGCAGGUUUUUCUUUAGGCCUGAAAUGUUAUCUAAAUUAUUAAUUAGACAUUAAUUAACUUAUCCAGACCAUAAUCAACUCUCGAUAUCAACUCUAGCCUGCGAUGUUUACUGGAUUAGGAUCCCAUUUGCUGCUCCACUUUCAUUCUUGAUUUAAUCAUGAAUUGGAUAAUCGAGACUAUGUUUUUUUAUCGUACCGACUUAAGUAAUGAUGAUCGAGGCUAGGCCGAAAAUUCAAUCGCUAAAAUCUCGGUUCAGCGUGGAUCAAUGUGACUGAAAUUUUUAGCAAAUUCCCUUUACAUUAUCUAGUUUUUAAAUAUUAUAAUGAGUACUGCCAGCUAUUUAUCUAAUCUCCCCUAAUGUAGUAUCUUUAAAUAAUUACUCAGGAUAUAAAACCUUUGAAUUUAUUAAAAAAAAUUCCAGUUCUUGGAGAAUUUUUUAUCACCAUAUCAUCGAAUUCCAAAAUGCAAAGAUUUAUAGGAAUCGACAGUAUCUCAAUUAUUGAAGCA